GAACAUCUCAAUGGAAUCACAGUCAAUCGCUUACUUCCAAACAUGUUCCGUUUCGUAGUAAUCUUUGCGGUCUUCAGCGUUGCCUACGGCACAAUUUUAACCAACGACUUCAAUGGACGCAUUGUCAAUGGUGAGGACACCAGCAUUCAGGCACAUCCCUACCAAAUAUCGCUGCAAACCAGUAGUGGCCACUUUUGUGGUGGCAGUCUCAUCGAUGCCUACACCGUAUUAACUGCAGCACAUUGCCUGCAAAAGAGCUCGUAUGAUAAGUUGCAAGUACGUGUAGGAUCGACCAAUCACAAUAGCGGUGGUAAACUGAUUGAUGUGCGCACAUUCUACGCACAUCCCGGCUACAAUAAGACUGCUAGACGAAAUGAUGUGGCUGUUGUGAAAUUGGCCUCACCGGUAGUUGAAUCAGCUACUGUACGCUUCAUAGAAUUGGCAGCAGAGUCACCGGCAACUGGUACUACGGCGGUCGUCAGCGGUUGGGGCUCUAAAUGUUACUUCUGGUGCGUUACAUUGCCCACUACAUUGCAAAAGGUCGAUGUCAACAUUGUGUCUUUGGAGGAUUGUGCUUCCAAACAAUACAAAUACGGUGCUAAAAGUAUUCUCGAUACAAUGUUGUGUGCCUAUGAAACCCAGAAGGAUGCUUGUCAGGGUGAUUCGGGCGGCCCAUUGGUUGCUGAGAGCAAACUGGUCGGUGUUGUAUCCUGGGGUAAUGGCUGUGCUAAGGAGGGUUACCCCGGUGUUUAUGCUGAUGUAUCUUCGCUUCGCUCAUGGAUUUUGGACAUUGCCGAAAGUUUGUAAGCUGAGGAAUUGUGAAAGUUUCCUAGUUGCUUGAUAAAAUACAACAAUGCAAAGUAAAAGUUCAUAUCAAAUGUUGUAUGACUUUCUGGUUCAAUAAAAAAAAUUAUCUAUAUAAAACUCAAUA